CCCCUCCUACUGUUAUUGUUAGAUCCAGGCGUCGAGAUGGCGGCUCCCGUCCCCGUGCGGGGCCGGUUUGUGGUGGUGGGAGGGGGGAUUGCAGGAGUCACCUGCGCCGAGCGGGAAGGUGAAUGGUAUAAAAGACUCUGAAGUGAGCACCUCAGAUGCUUCCAUCCGCUAGUCUGGUUAGACAGCAAUCAUUCCACAGCUCAUCCUGUCCAUCUCCACAAGCAAGGUGCCACAUGCAAACAAGAAAAAUAGAGAAGACUCAAGAAGAAACCUACCAACCCAAGGAAAACCUUCCCAAAACUUCAGCAUGAAUUCACGAGACAAAGUUAACUACGACUUUGCCAAAGGAUUAGAUUCACAAUUCUUGUAAUGAUUUUGUUGGAAGAUUGAAAUGCUGUUAUUAUUUAAAAUACUAACAGUUUCUCCUGAUAAAUACAAAAUGGUUGGACCAUGUAUUAAUGGAGAAAAGAUGGGGCUAAACAUUGGUAAACCAAGGCCAUAUCUACACUGCAGAGUUAAGUUGACUUAAGUUUUGUCUACAAUCGUAAGAUGCUUUAAUAACAUCGGUGGAGCAUGUCCACACAACGCUCCUUGUGAUGGCUGAGCACAUCCUCAGUCAUUGCUCUUGCAUCAACAGAAAGAGCUUUGCAUUGUGGGUAGCCAUCGCACUGUGCAACUCACCAUCCUUUGUCACCCUCUGCUGCUGGGAGCUCUGGGAACGGAUCACUGUGCAUCAUGGUGAUGUGCUCGCCGUCCUGUGAUGCAUUUCUUUCCAUCCCAUCAUUCCAUGGACUUCCUACUUCAUUUUGUGCCAUUUUUCAACAGCCCUGUAAACUGUGUGCUUGCCAUCUGUGCCUGACAGCAUGGAUCCUGAGCUGCUGAUCAUUCUAGUGAUGAGCGUUAUGAACACAAUGCGGCUAGUCCUGCAGUAUUUCAUGAGCUGCGAAACAGAGUGAGCUGGUGAUGCUUGCCCUGCUGUCUGCCAUGGAAAUAAAUAAUUCAAGAUUGCUGCUGGCAUUCACAGACCAGCUUGCCACAAUGGACCAUCGAUAUUCAGAUUGGGAAACAAGUACCGAGUGGCAGGAUCGCAUUGUGAUGCACGUAUGGGAUGACGAGCAGUGGCCGCACAACUUUCGGAUGCGCAAAGUCACCUUUCUGGAACUGUGUGCGGAGCUCGCCCCAGCACUACAGCUCAAGAACACCAGAAUGAGAGUUGCUCUGACUGCGGAAAAGCAAGUGCGAUUGCUGUUUGGAAGUUGGCAACUCCAGACUGCUACCAAUCAGCUGCGAAUCAGUUUGGAGUUGGAAAGUCCACCGUGGGGGCUGCACUGAUGCAAGUGUGCAGGGCCAUUAAUCGCCUCCUGCUACGAAGGACUGGGACUUUUGAUAAUGUCCAGGAAAUAAUUGGUGGUUUUGAGGUAAUGGGAUUCCCUAACUGCGGCGAGGAGAUAGAACACAUAUCCCCGAUCAUCUUGCAACAGAGUACAUCCACCAAAAGGGCUACUUCUCCAUGGUCUUGGUGGUGCUGGUGGAUCACCGGAGCCAUUUCACUGACAUCAGUGCGGGGUGGUCAGGGAAAGUGCAUGAUGUAUGCAUCUUUCAGAACACUGGACUAUAUAGAAAGCUGCAUGCUGGGACUUUCUUUCCAGACCAGAAGGUUCCAGUGGGGAAUAUGCAAAUGCCCAUAGUGAUCCUUGGACAUCCUGCAUACCCCUUGCUCCCGUGGCUCAUGAAGCCUUACACCAAAAACCUAGACAGCAGCAAGGAGCAAUUCAACAAUAGGCUUAGCAGGUGCUGAAUGAACAUUGCAUGUGCCUUUGGCCAAUUAAAAGGUCACUGGUGCUGUCUUUUUUCCAGUUACACCUCAAUGAGGAAAAUAUUCUGAUGGUCAUUGCGGCCUGCUGUACUCUCCAUAAUUGUGAAUUGAAGGGAAAAAAGUUUCCCCGGGGUGGGCCACUGAGGCUGAUCAACUGGCUGCUGAUUUUGAACAGCCAGAUAGAAGGGCAAUCAGAAGGGUGCAACGGGAGGCUAUUCAAAUCAGGGAGGUAUUAAAGGAGCUUUUGACAAUGAUUGUUAGUAAUGUGUCUGUCUGUGAUGCAUGCAGCCAGGCAAUGUUUACUUUCCCCGGUAGUGCUUGCUUCUGGAGCAUUUACUGCAAGGAGCAAAUAUUCCUACCUACAGCCUCUGUGGUUUCAGUGUUAGCACUGAGUGAUGUAUAUAUGUCACAAAGACUCAUCUUAUUAAGACUCAAGUUUAAUAACGGGAUAAAACACAAACUUUUGGACAAACAGGGAACAUAAAAAUCAAAACAGUCUUGCGGUUAGGGCUCUCAUAGCUGGGUGUAAUUCCAGUUUUCAUUGGAAAACCAUUCCCCAAGCAUGGCUUGCACAGGUUACUGUGAGAGACCGGAAACACGCAAUAACUGUGGUAGGGGAGUUGCGGGAGGGCAAGGACCAGAGUUCUGUAGAGGCUGGAUGGGGAGUCAGGCAUGGAUUUGCUCAGAUUUUGCUCUGAUUGCUCUGAGGGACUUCAACAUCUCUGUCUGGUCCUCCAGGAGGUUUAUCAUCUGCUCCUGCCUGUGUCCCUUCCUGGCUAUCCAGCCUCAGUCUUUCAUUAAUUGUUUCACUAUGUGCUACAUCUGUUGAUUGCAGCACUUCUUGAAACAUAUCCUCCUUAUUCCUCCUGGGUUGCCUUAUCUGAUGGAGGUGCUCUGCCAGUGUGGAGGAGUGUGUUCUUAAGGGCACAUGUGCAGAAGGCAAAGAAACAAUGAACAGAGAUGGCAUUGUGAGUGCGCUCACAGACGUGAAUCACAAAAGUUACACACACCUCUUUCUCACUGUCCUUUGGAUAGCACGCAGGUGGCCGCGAGUCCCAAUUAUGGUGAGUUCGCGGUGGGAGGGGAGGAAAGGACAAGAAAAUACAAAGGAUGCUUUUCGAAGGGGUUACUAUUAGCGGCUAGUUAGCCUAUUCCGAAUACUGGUACCCUUUUGCACAGGCAAGGGUAAUUGAACCCGAUAUCUAACUCCUCGUGGUAAUUCAGGAUGUAAGGGAGCAUCUCCUGCAUGCAUGUGGUUUCAGACCGGCUCUGUAUGCUGCUUGCCUGUGUGCCACUCUGGUUCCUGCAGAAAUAGUUGUCGGGUGGCGCUGCAAAGUUUCCUAGAGUGGGGGUAGAAACGAAGGAGCACUGGCAAGGAACCUUGCAGAGUACUUACAGGAAAGUUUUCUAGAGAUCGCUAUGGAGGAUUCCAGAGACAUCCCCAUGUACAUGAAAAAACUUUUCUGCUGUGGCCCCACUAUGUAGAUGGACAGGCUCUGUUGUUAAUUUCUGUUCCUUAUCCCACCUCUACCAUAUAACAAACUACAUGAGAGAUCAAUCUCCUGUCACCAUGCAGUAUGAAAGCAAAAUGAGUACUUACCAGAGCUCCCCUCUCCUGCAUCCUCGCCAAAGCCAGAGUGCUCGGAUUAGCUAAACCCUUCCAGAGUGGAAAAGAGGUGCUGACUCACUGGGCCACUUGAUGACCCUGCCUUGUGCUCCACAUCGUCGUCCACCACUUCCUCCCUGAAGUUGAGUCUGCUGGCCGCUGCCUCUGUGCCCCCGAAGUAUCCAUGGGGCUCUUGGCGGUGGAGAUGGGGUCGCCGCUGAGGAUGGCAUGCAGCUCCUUACAGAAGCAGCAUAUCUUUGGCCCUCCACCAGAGCGACGGUUGGCCUCCCUUGCCUUCUGCUGGCUACAGAAUUUCCAUCAGAAGAUAUUGUCUUAGUAACUGCUUCUCCAGUUAUAAAAGCAGUAACAAAUUUCAGACAGGUCUCCAAAACACUAGAGGAGUUUGAUGUUGAAGAACAACCAAGCACUAUGUUAGAAAAACGGUAUCCCAACAUUAAAGUUAUAGAGUCUGGAGUGAAAGAGUUGAAAAGUCAGGAGCAUAAAAUUUUCACAGAAGAUGGCAAACAGUGUAUAUAUGAAAAACUUUGCCUAUGUGCAGGAGCAAAACCUAAGUUAAUUUUUGAAGAAAACCCAUAUGUAUUAGGAAUCCGGGAUACUGACAGUGCUCAGGUCUUUCAGAAUCAUUUGGCUAAAGCUAAAAGAAUAGCAGUUGUGGGAAAUGGUGGCAUUGCACUCGAAUUAGUGUAUGAAAUUGAAGGAUGUGAAGUAAUUUGGGCCAUCAAAGACAAAGCCAUUGGGAAUACUUUCUUUGAUGCGGGAGCAGCUGAAUUCCUUAUUCCAAAGCUAACUGCUGAGAAAUUAGAGACUGCAAUUGCAUGUAAAAGAACCAAAUAUACGACAGACGGAAGCGAGAAGGAAGAGGGAAGUGUGGCAGCAGCUGACAAACUUGGCAGUGCCUUAGGCCCUGAUUGGCAUGAGGGCCUACAUCUUAAAGGAACUAAAGAGUUUUCUCACAAAGUUCACAUUGAAACCCUGUGUGAAAUAAAGAAAAUAUACCUUCAGCAAGAAUUCAAGCAGCUGCAGAAGACCUCUUUGUCUUUUCCUAAAGAUAAUUCAGAUAACCAGAAUGCACACCUGGAGGAAGAGCUGUGGCCUGUAUAUAUGGAAUUAACCAAUGGGAAGAUAUAUGGCUGUGAUUUCAUUGUCAGUGCAACUGGAGUUGUGCCAAAUGUUAAGCCAUUUCUUGAUGGUAAUAAUUUUGCUCUAGGUGAAGAUGGCGGUCUGAAAGUGGAUAAACAUAUGCACUCUUCAGUAGCAGAUAUCUAUGCAGCAGGGGAUAUCUGCACUGCAUCGUGGGAACCUAGUCCAGUGUGGCAGCAGAUGAGGCUUUGGACCCAAGCUAGGCAGAUGGGAUGGUAUGCAGCAAAGUGCAUGGUAGCAGAUUCUUUGGGGGAAUCUAUUGACAUGGACUUCAGUUUUGAACUCUUUGCUCAUGUUACAAAAUUUUUCAAUUAUAAGGUGGUGCUUUUGGGAAAGUACAAUGCUCAGGGUUUGGAUUUAGACUGUGAACUAAUGUUGAGGUGUACCAAAGGGCAAGAAUACAUCAAAGUGGUGAUGCAGAAUGGACGAAUGAUGGGAGCUGUAUUGAUUGGUGAAACUGAUUUAGAAGAAACCUUUGAAAACUUGAUUUUAAAUCAGAUGGAUCUUUCAGCAUAUGGGGAAGAUCUCCUAAAUCCAAAUGUUGACAUAGAGGAUUAUUUUGACUGAAACAAAAACAUUGCUUUCCAUGAUUUUAUUUAGAGUUUGAACUUUCAGUGCUGUGGUUUAUAUAACAGUUUACUCAGAGUUUACAGAAAUCAAGUAACCAGCUGUAAUUACAAUUCUGGAGUGAAGAUAUAGGGCUGGUGCUGCCAGGCAGUUGGGUGAUGGGAGAUACAUGCUGAAAUGGAGCAGCACAUCAGGACGAAGUGUACAUAAGUCUACGAUAAAUCAGAUUGUUUUUAAAACAGGAAUUUUUCACAUUUUAGUAAUAUAGUACUUGAAAACCUUGAACUGUG